AUGUCCGUAGGCGGCACCCUCUACAGCCUCGAGCCGCCGCGCCGGGCCCACGUCAACACCAUGACCGACACCAUCAUCGCCAACCUCCCGGAAGCCGGCCUGCGCUCCGUCAUGCGCGCCCUCAUGUCCUUCCACCCCGAACUGACGUCGGGCCUGGAGCUCGAAACGGAAAAGUACCUCCUCCGCACCAACGACUCCUUCACCGGCCCGACCGCCGAGCUGCAGAAGCGCGUGCGCUGCAUGCUCGGCUGCGGCAUGGCCUUCGAGUCCAUCGCCGCCCUCUCCGCCCUCGUCGACCACUUCAAGACGCGCGUCGAGCGCGGCGAGCCCGCCGAAGCCGACGGCAACGACAACGGCGACGCCACCGCCGCGUCGGUCGAGGGCGACCUCAUCCAGGCCACGACCGCCAUGGAGAGGGAGCUGAUGACGGCCGACGGCUCGCGCACCCUGUCCGACUACGAGAAGCACUUCGUGCAAGGCCUGAUCAGCUCCCUGCAGGCGUGUCGCAGCGUCUUCGCCCGCGCCGGCCGCGCGUUCCCGUUCGCGAGGGGCCUCGCCGCGCUGAAGGCCAUGGAUGCCGAGGACGAGGCGCACCACGCCAAUGCGGACGAGCUGGGCAUGAUCGAGUUGACCCCGUUCGCCGCGUGUGGGGAUGCGUGUGCGCGGUUGGAGACUUUUAGGGUUGGGGAGCGCGCGGUGCCGCGGCUGUUUGGCGGGUUGUGGCAGCUGUCCGGUCCGGCGUGGGGCACCGCGCCCCAGGCGAAGAUUGUGGAGCAUUUCACCAACUACGUCAAUUGGGGGUUUACGGCCUAUGAUAUGGCGGACCACUAUGGCGAUGCGGAGAUUGUAUUUGGCAAAUUCCGGGCGGCGUGCUCGCAUCCCGAGAUCCUGUUCGCCUCGACAAAGUACUGCGUCUUCAAUCCGGUUGUGAUCACCCCGGCUGUGGUACAUGCGAACGUCUCCGAGAGAUGUCGUAGGUUGAAGGCGGACAAGUUGGACCUGCUUCAAUUCCACUGGCAAAACUAUCACGAUCCCCAAUAUAUCGAGGCCCUGAAGCUGCUCGAGAUAGACCCUCGCGUCUCGAAUCUCGGUCUCUGCAACUUCGACACCGAGCACAUGGAGAUUGUCCUCCGCGAAGGCGUCAGAAUACAGACGAACCAAGUUCAGUUCUCCAUCAUCGAUUCCCGGCCUACCGUCAAGAUGGCUGCAGUCUGCGAGUCUUAUGGGGUCAAACUCCUGACUUACGGCACUCUGUGCGGCGGUUUCCUUGCCGACCAGUGGCUGGACCAGCCAGAACCUGAACCGUUUUCGUGCGAAAUGACACCGAGCCAGCGGAAAUACUGCGAGGCCAUCCUCACUUGGGGCAGCUGGUCGUUGUUCCAGACCUUGUUACGCACGCUUUCCGAAAUCGGUGCCAAGCACGGGGUGAGCAUCUCCAAUGUUGCCACGCGAUGGGUGCUUGACUUCCCGUAUGUGGGUGCUGUCAUUGUCGGGUCGAGGAUGGGAAUCAGCGAGAGGGCGGAUGACAACUUUGCUGCGUACGGUUGGACUUUGGAUGAAGAGGACAGGGAUGCCAUUGAGCAAGUCUUGACACAGAGCAACAGGGAUAAAAUGAUUGAGGCAAUGGGUGACUGCGGAGGGGAGUACAGGUAG